AUGGCAGCGACUAAUUAUUUCUCCACUACAGCUAUUAAUUUUCCCGAAAUGGUUAUUGAAUUUAACGAAAGUGAAUUUAACGAAGAAAUGGAAAUAGAAACUGUGGAAGUACUUCACUACGAUACCUUUUUACUGUAUGCACGUAGCGAAAACUUGUCGGACAGGGCAGUUGCAAUCCGUGAUUUGUCGAAAUUGUCACGGAUGUUGAACAUCGAAAAAGAGCAACGGCGAAUUGAAGUUGUCUUUAGUCUGAUUGAAAAUGUGUUUGCUAAAGAAACAGAUAGUAAAUUAUGUUGUAUGUUAGUGGAGCAAGUUCCAUCAUUGUAUGUUGAAUUUAUGGCAGUAGAAUAUCUGCUGAAAAGAGUCCACGAAGUAUUCCCAGCAUUAUUAGCGAGUGCUCUGGACCAUACUGCGGAUGAUGUACGUAAAUCGGCAAUUGGAGCAAUUGAUACUUUGGUUGAGCAACACAUAUUGCCGCAAGAGAAAAAAUAUAUCAAUACUAUGUAUGGAUGA